AUGGCAAUGAACAUAGAGGAGGAAUGGAUGUUGGCCACUCUGAAGCAGGUGGACAAGGAUAUUGAUGCAAUAGGUGUUGGCACAUUGGAAUUGGGGAAUAUCUUCCUCACUCAGACUGCAGAUGGGAUCCUAGGAAAUUCAUCCCUCCUUGGUCUUUAUACCUUCUCUUUGCUCACUGGACACAAAUUGAGACCCACAGACCUGAUUUUCAACCAGCUGGUCCUAGCCAACUCCAUCAUCCUUUUCUCCAAAGGGAUCCCUCAAACAAUGGUGGCUUUUGGAUCCCAAAAUUUCCUGGGUGCUGCUGCAUAUAAACUUGUCUUUUAUUAUUACAGAGUGAGCACAGGGGUUUCCUCCAGCACUAUAUGUCUCCUCAAUGACUUCCAAGCUAUUAAGCUGAACCCUAGUAUGUGUAGGUGGAUGGAGCUCAAGAUUAGAUCCCCAAAGUUCCUUGGCUUCUGCUGUUUCCUCUGCUGGACCCUACAUCUCUGGAUAAAUUCAUUUAUUCCUCUAAUAGUAAACGGUCCAUCCAAUAACAAAAACCUUAGUGUGACAAGAAAUGGAUAAAGUUCCUGGAAUGGGGUAGGGAGAUUUAACAUAUUAUUUGCAGUCAUAUAUUUUUAUAUGGGUUUGAGCUUCAUGGUCUGGGCCAGUGGCUCCAUGGUCUUUGUCCUGCUCAAGCACAAGCAGCAAGUCCAACACAUUCACAGCAACAGCCUUUCCCCCAGAUCUUCCCACGAGGCCAGAGCCACACACACCAUCUUGGUCCUGGUGAGUUUCUUGGUUACCUUUUAUUCAAUCUAUGCUAUUUUAACUGUUUGGAUGACUCUGGUUGCAAAUCCAGGCCAGUGGAUGGUGAACAGCACUGGGUUUGUCUCCUCGUGUUUUCCAGCGUUCAGCCCCUUUGUGCUCAUGGUCAGUGACACUCGAGUCUCUCAAUUCUGCUUUGUCUGUAGGGCAAGGCCCUGUGGACCCCCAACCACGCAGUCGUGGCACCUCCACAUCCAAGGUGGUGGUGUCCUGGGUCUCGUCGCUUCUCCUAACUACGCCAUUGUGUUUGGGGGCCACCCUGGUGUCCCGAAGCCAGGCCAGGAUGGUGCCUCCCGUGAGGUGGAAGAGGACGGCUCCAUUCUUCUGCUCGUGUCCACAGAUGUAUGGUCAGGGAUGGCGGAGGCAGAUAAACAGCAACAGUUCCUGGCAGCACCAGUGACUUUCAAGGACGUGGUUGUGACCUUCACCCAGGAGGAGUGGGAAUUACUGGACCUGUCACAGAGGACACUGUACUGGAGGGUGAUGAGGGAGACCUGUGGGCUCCUGCUCUCGCUGGUCAUCUCUCCUGACUAA